AUGCGAAGUAUCACUGUACAUGAGCCAAGUUUGACCGAAUAUGAACGAUUGUAUGGUAAAUAUGGCAGAACAUUGAUCUGUCCAUGUCGUCAUCUGUCUGUGUCUUAUUCUUCGAUUAUUCAUCUCGAAGUCGAAUAUCAUCAAGUAUGUUCGAGCGAGUUUAUCGACGACAAUGCUUGGUUGUCAUAUUUUGGUACGACUAUUGGUUCCUUAUUUCGGUUGGAUUUUCGAUUUGAAGGUUCAAAGCUAUUUCAAAUACUUCAGACAUUAUGUCGAUUAUCGAAUGAAACAGUGAGAAAUCAACUACGUGUGUUUAGUGAAGCGCAAUUCAUCAAUGCACAUGUUGUGUCAAGAGAUACAUUCCAUAUUCAAACAUCCGUUCUAAUUGAUCAAUUGCAACAACAGACUUUUGACUCAUUUAUGAGAAUAUUUCAACUGGUUCGCGCAUCCAUUGAGCUGAAUCAAUUUGCGCUAUUUGGUGAAACGAAUUCUCAAUUCGGAAUAUACAUCAGAAACAACGGUACUGUAAUACACCGAUUUGUGCCAAAUAAUAACUACGAUUAUAACUGUUCAUGUGGCCGAAGUAUUGAUUGUCGACGUUCACAAGGUUUUUACUAUACCACGUCCGGAUAUAAAUCAACGAAGAAUAGACCAAAUCAGACUAUACCCGGUUUAGUUGUAAGUUGUUUACCUAUCGACUCUCUUCUUCUAUCAACACUCGAGUGUUUCUACAACUCAUCAUGUAUUGAAAUGCUCAUCGAAUGGCGUUCGUUUAACUUCACAGCUCAAACAAACGAUUUACGUUUCACUAACGUCACUCCACUCGAUCCAAUGCGUAACACUCGUUUUCCACCUACGAUCAAACUAGGAGACAUCGUCUCACAGCUAUUCAUCGAAAAGUGGAUCAACAAAACUAACUUCACCGCAUUCUAUCAGCAAUGUGCACCACACACAUGUACUUAUACUUUUGAACAGCGUUUUAAUCGUGUG